GUAAGUUCACAAACAAAAUGGCGACUAGUAGCGAUAGCGUUGAACUCGAAUUUUGGCACAAAAAUAUAACAAAAAUACCCAAAGUUACAAACUCUUUUGUUGAGGAUUUUGCUGAGAAGAACCUACCGAUCAAAGCCACUGUAACAAGAGGAUAUAAAUUCUUUCACGAAGAAUAUAUUCACGAUAUUGAAGUAAAACUUUGCAAGGAAGAGGAUUCAGGAGUAGUGGCUCGGGCUAAAUGCUUCAGAAGUAUGAAAAAGAACGAAGAUCCUCACAAGUUGUCUGUUGUGUUCGAGAGCUCCUCUAUUGAGGCUAGCAUCAACAAGUAUAUGUGUAGUUGUGCUGCUGGACAAGGUCUUUGCCAUCAUGUUCUUGGAUUGCUCUAUACUCUUGCCCAUUUCCAGCUAUUAGGCUUAAAAAGUGUCCCGCCAAUGGUUUCUAAAACAUCAAAGGCACAGAGAUGGCAUAUCCCCAGUCGUAAAGAGGGCAUUAAAGCAAGGCCAGUGACAGAUUUGAUUAUACAAAAGUCAAAGCCAAAAGAUAAAUUGCAUGAACCUAAAAAGAAGAGAAAGGUGUGUGGUGUGGCAAGCACGAUCUACAAACCCUUCCAGCAAUCAUUAAGUAGCCUUGACUUGACUAGUGUGCUGUCGCCACAGUUUGAAAAUCUCAACAAUCAACCUGGAUUUAUGAGAAUAUGGGAAGAUGAACAAAGUGAGCCUCCAAUUUUAGUAGACUCGGCCUUUGGAAAGGUGCCAAAAGGCUGUGUCAUAAGCUAUCAACAGCCAUUGAAAGUUAAGAGCAAUAUUAACAUACAGCUACCUGCAUUCAACUUUCCAUCUUUAAGCUAUCCAGAUACAGUGCUCAAUGAAAAACAAGACCUUUUCUUCAGCUCCCUUGCAAUAUCAGGUCAACAGUCUAUUGACUUUGAAAUGGAGACAAGGGAACAGUCAACUACAACAGCAUGGCAUGAACUAAGGAAGUUUAGGCUUACAGCUUCAAAUUUCAAAGAUAUAUGCUCAAGAAGAAAAGACCAUGAAAUCCUUUCUACGCGUUUACUAAAGGGAAAAGUAAUCCAAACUGCAGCCAUGAAAUAUGGGAUACAAAAUGAGGGGGUAGCUGCUGAUAUGUACAAAACACAGUUUGGCAGAGACACUCACCUAGUAGGUUUUCUUAUAAACCCAUGUCUCCCACACCUAGGCUGUAGCCCAGACAGAAGAGUGUUUGACGACACUGAACAACAUCCAUGGGGCCUGAUAGAAAUAAAGUGCUCUCCAGCAAGUCAUCUGGAUAACCUUCAGUAUUUAAAGUUUAAUGAACGAAAUGGGUCAUAUUCAUUGAAGAAGACACACAAGUAUUAUUAUCAAGUUAUGGGAUGCCUUGGUUUAACAGGAAGUCAGUGGUGCGAUUUCUUUGUUUACUGCAAGGACGAAUUUCACUGUGAACGAGUAUAUUUUGAUGAACUUCUCUUUUCUGAAAUGCUGGACAAACUGAAUUUAUUUUUUUUUGAUUAUCACCUGAAUACAUGUGUUCAAUAAUUUAUUGUAUGUCUCUU